AUGACAUCCUUGCACUGCUACUGCAAAGAUAUUUUCGUGAACAGACAUAAUCACGUGCUUUGCAACGACAUCAAGGAAAGUGUGCGCGAACUUGUCUUCUAUAGAAUGGUCUGCAACGAUCUCAAGACGGCGCAGGGAAUCGAAGAGUUCGACAGAGUGUUCGAGAAAGUGAAGAAGGAGAAUGAGGAGAAGGAACGUAAAGCGAAGGAGGAUGAGGAGAAAAAGGAGCAUGACAAGAUGGACGAGAACGGAGGUGACAAGUCGCCGAAACAGUACAAGCCGCAAGAGAUUGACGAGGAGGGAGAGUAUGCGGAGCAGCAGAAAUAG